UUUCAAGUGAUCCAACUUAAAACGAGGGGGAAAAACCGAAAAUUAGGGUGAAAAAGAGGAAGAAAAAUAAGGGGAAAAAAAAAGAGGGAAGAAAACGCGAAGGUUUCAAGGAAGGUGGUGACAUGUUAGCUGGAUCGCAAGCGAAGGUUCCCCCUCCUCUCUGAUCGCUCCGAUCCUCGUCUGCUACUCGGGUCUAGUUGUCCGUUCCGUAAGUCCUAAUUUCUAGAGAUCGAUUCAUCUUCCCUGUCGGAAUCCCCGCGAGCUUGCCUUCUUUUGCAUCUUUGUUUGGUUUCAGAUAGGCAUAUAUCGGAAGAAUCCCCGGAUCCUGCUAUCUGCGGCUUCCCGCGACUCUGUUUUCCCAGCGAGGACCCAUAAUCUGUGGAUAAGGUUAGAGAUCUGCUAGGGUUUUGGAUAAUCUUGGUCGAGUUUAAGCUGAGAUUACGAACUUGGGCCGCUGGAUCUUUUGUAAUUUUGAUCUCGCAAGGAGGGUUUGGCCAUUAUUAGGUAGGUCACCUGGUGGAUUAAGAAAAUUUUGCAGUUCUUGCCUUUGGGGAAAGAAGGCGAAUUUUGUAUCGAUAGAGUCGCUUUGUUGGUGAUCGAAUGGGAUCUCCGUCUCCUCUCCAGGUGGAAGACCAAACCGAUGAGGAUUUCUUUGAUAAGCUCGUGGAUGAUGAUUUUGGAGUGGAGGGAUCCACUCCUCAUUCCGAAAAAAUUGCUAGAGAUUUAUCUAACCUCAGCCUUGAUGAUGUUGGUACCUCACUGGAGGAUCCCGACAAUGCUGGAUUGAUUUCUGAAUCAAAUGGUCAGCAGCAAAGUGGGUCAUUAGAGUCUUCUGAGUUUUCAGAGAGGGGUGUUUUGGUCUCAAAGCACAGCAUGCCUUCUAUAUCUUCUGUGGAUCAGGUAGUCCCAUUAGAAAGUUCAUCUAUGCGCACUGUUGGGAUUGAACCACAAGGUUUAUCAACUGGUAAGAGCGAUGGAUCAAAGGGAACAAGUGUAAAGGAGGUCCAGUGGAGUGCAUUCAGUGUUGGCUCACAGCAGUUUGACAAUGCUGGGUUGGAAACCUCUUCUGAUUUCUUUGCUCAGAAUGCUGAUUCAUUUGCUGAUAAACUCAAAUCUGAUGCUGACCUUAAUUUUGUUCCUCUAGAAAACCAAAAUGCAAAUAUCGAACCAUAUACAGAUUCCUCAAAUGACCAGGGUGUGCAACUUGUUGGUUCAGCCACUGAGCAGAAUUGGGAUGGAGUUGAUGCACAAUACUGGGAAAGUCUCUACCCUGGUUGGAAGUAUGAUGCAACCACUGGGCAGUGGUAUCAACUAGGUGGUUAUGAUGCAGCCACAAAUACACAGUUAAAUAGCUAUGAAACGUCUAUUGUGAAUUCACAGGGGGAUUUCAUGGACAGUGCUCAAGAUGCUGAUUUGGAUUCCAAUUUGGGGAGUUCAGAUGUGUUAUUUUUGCAGCAGACUUCACCAUCAGUCUUGGAGACCAUUGCAGAGGAAAGUACAUUAAAUACUACUUCUAGUUGGAAUCUUGGUUAUCAGGGUAGCAUGGAUUACCCACCUAAUAUGAUAUUUGAUCCUCAAUAUCCAGGAUGGUACUAUGACACAAACACCCAACAGUGGUACACUGUUGAGUCAUACACUCAGACUAAAGAGAUGGUGCCAACUGUAGCUCAGAAUGAGGUGGGUGCUUUGGCUGACUACUCCAAAGGGAACUACCAUAUAUGUGAUGAUGUUGGGCAAUCUGAACAAAGCUCUGAUGGUGUCCUAGCCGGCCAAGUGUCUGGAGAGUGUUGGAAUCAUACAACAAAUAGCUAUGCUCAGCAGAACAUGCUCCAGGCUGAACAAAUGGACGAAAGUAGGCAGUCUGGAGUUUUAUCUGGAAACCAGCAGAUAGGGAGCUUUUACAGUUCAACCAUCCCCGGUGGAAGUUAUACAGAUCAAAAUGUAGGUUUCAGGACAUUUCAACCUGUUGUGAGUCAUAAUUUUGGGAGCAAUAAUGACACCAUUAGGCCUCAGAACUCUAUCCAGGGGGAAAGCAUGUAUCAGAUGAAUCAUCAAAAGAUGGCGCCAAAUGCACACGAUAAUUUAUCCAGCAGCUACACAGGCAAUCAGAUUCAGAACUCAGUUGACUACUCUCAGCAUUUGUAUCAAGAUACAAAUGCUUCUUAUACUCAGUUCUCUUACGUUUCUCAUGAAGGAAGAUCAUCAGCUGGGCGUCCUGUACAUGCUUUGGUUAGUUUUGGAUUUGGUGGAAAACUCAUAGUCAUGAAAAAUUCCAGCUCUUCUGGAACAAUUUUGGACUAUGGAAGCCAGGGAACUGUUGAUGGUGCAAUCUCAAUCCUUAGCUUAUCGGAAGUUGUGAUGAACAAAGUUGAUGCAUCUAGCACUGUUUCUGGCAGUGUCUUGGAUUACUUCCGUUCCCUGUGUCGUCAAAGUUUUCCUGGUCCACUUGUUGGUGGGAGUGCUGCUACAAAGGAAAUAAACAAAUGGAUAGAUGAGAGAAUCUUGAGCUACGAGUCUCAUGUCAUGGAGUUUCAGAAAGGAAAACUUUUGAAGCUGCUUCUUUCAUUGCUCAAAAUAUCAUUGCAACAUUAUGGAAAACUCCGAUCUCCUUUUGGAUCUGACCCAUCAUUAGAGGAUGUAAAUGGCCCAGAAAUGGCAGUAACUAAGCUGUUCGCUUCAUCUAAAGAGAUCAAUGCUCCUUUAGGAGAAUAUGGUUGGUAUACUCAUUGUUUGAAUAAUAUUCCAUCAGAAGGACAACUACAGGCUAUUGCUGCCAAGGUACAAAGCCUUCUUGUUUCUGGUAGAAGGAAAGAGGCUCUCCAAUGUGCACAGGAAGGUCAGUUGUGGGGUCCUGCACUUGUUCUUGCUGCACAGCUCGGCGACAAGUUUUAUGUUGACACGGUGAAGAAGAUGGCACGCCAUCAGUUUAGAUUUGGAUCACCUUUACGAACACUGUGCCUACUUAUUGCUGGGCAACCUGCAGAUAUAUUCUCUAUGGACAACAUAGCUUCAUCUAAACAGCCUGCAGAGAUCCACGCCAGUGGGAUGUUGGAUGAGUGGGAAGAGAAUUUGGCCAUUAUAACUGCAAACAGAACAAAGGAUGAUGAACUUGUAAUGACUCAUCUUGGAGAUUGCCUAUGGAAAGAGAGAGAAGAGAUAAUUGCUGCACACACAUGCUACUUGAUUGCUGAAGCAAAUAUUGAGCCAUAUUCUGACAGUGCAAGACUCUGUCUUAUUGGUGCGGACCACUGGAAAUAUCCCAGAACAUAUGCCACACCUGAUUCUAUUCAGCGAACAGAGCUAUAUGAAUAUUCAAAGGUGCUUGGAAAUUCUCAGUUCAUCCUACUGCCUUUCCAGCCAUACAAGCUAAUUUAUGCCCACAUGCUGGCUGAAGUGGGGAAGAUCUCAGAUUCGCUGAAGUACUGUCAAGCAUCUUCAAAGUUGCUGAAGAACUCUGGUCGUACUUCUGAGGUUGAAAUGUGGAGAUCAAUGUUAUCAUCCCUUGAGGAGAGACUGCGUGCCCACCAGCAGGGUGGCUAUGGUACAAGCUUGGCUCCUGCAAAUCUAGUUGGAAAAUUGUUCACCUCCUUUGACAGAUCCAUUCAUCGCAUGAUUGGUGCACCACCAGCACCUCUGCCGCCGAUGCCUCGGGGGAGUGUUACUGAUAAAGAAACCCACACUGUUUUCCCAAGAGUGGCAAAUAGUCAAUCUACAAUGGCCAUGUCCUCUUUAGUACCAUCAACAUCAGGAGAAACCAUUUCUGAGUGGACUGGUGAUAAUAGUAGAAAGACUAGGCACAACAGAAGCGUUUCAGAGCCUGAUUUUGGUCGAAGCCCAAAGCAGGAUUCAAGCUCAGAUGGUGCACAAAGCAAAGCAACAGUAUCUGGUGGGUCACGCUUUGGACGUAUUGGCUCACAACUUCUUCAGAAGACCAUGGGGUGGGUGUCAAGGUCGCAUCGCCAGGCAAAACUGGGUGAAAGCAACAAGUUCUAUUAUGAUGAAAAACUUAAGAGAUGGGUGGAGGAAGGUGCUGAUCCUCCCGCUGAGGAACCUGCCAUACCACCACCUCCAACAACAACACCAUUUCAGAAUGGUAUGCCUGAUUACAAUGCAAGUAAUGCUUUUAAGAGCGAGAACAACAUCAAAGAUGCUUUCCAGCGUGAAAGCCACACAGAUAAGUUGGGGCCAGUGACAAUACCUUCAGUUCCAUUGGAACAUAAUUCUGGAAUUCCACCCAUUCCACCCAGUCAAAACCAGUUUUCUGCUCGUGGUAGAAUGGGAGUUCGUUCAAGAUAUGUUGAUACAUUCAACAAGGGCAGUGGCUCUUUGACAAACACUUUCCAGUCACCUGCAGUUCCAUCUGUGAAGCCACUGGUUGGAGCAAAAUUUUUUGUGCCCAACACACCUGCAACAGUGGACGAACGGGAAACUGAUGCAGCAGGGAAGAACAACCAAGAUGUCUCCACUGGUGAAGAACCACCUAAGUCAGUGAUCAGAGGAGCACCCUUUUCAUCGCCAUCACCAUCUUCAUCAUCCAUGCAACGGUUCCCAAGCAUGGAUCACAUAGCAGCCCCUGUUGGAAACAAAGGGUCUGCAGCAGCAUCAUGGACUGGCAAUGGUCCCUUGUCCAGAACGAGAGCAGCAUCUUGGAGUGGUGGUUACCCAGAAUCAGUCAAUCAAAAGAUGACUGGGAUGAAUCCCAUGGGCAGCACCACCACCACACAAGCUGGUGAAUUCAGCAGCUCAUCCCUGCAGCGGAAUGGUAGUUCCCUGGGGGACGACGACCUGCACGAGGUUGAACUCUGAUGCAUCGCCAUGUUAGUAGACGGGUUCCACCUGGUCUUCAACUCCACCGGAAAACCAGAUUGGGUAGGAAUUCCGAGAAAUCUGUGGCCGUGUUGGAAGCACGGGCGACAAGUGUUCCCCCCCCUGUAACUGUUGUGAUUAUGGGUGCCUGAGGUCAUGUCAUGGUGUCCUUUUUACGUGUACAGAUAAUUUGUUGAUUUAUUGAUCCCCAUGCCGUUUGUCAUACGAGAAAAAGAUCAAAUUCGGCAUAGUAUUAUUGUCUCUAUUGUUCUUUUCUGGCUCUACCACCAGGUGAUACGGAGUGAUUUAAAUGUUUUUAUUUAUUGUAAGGGAUGAUCUGAAGAUUAAAAUGGUCAUUAUUAUUCCACUGCCA